AGCUGGUUCACAUUUAACAUUCAUCUUAAAUCAACUUAGUAGAACUUUAGCAACAAGGAAGCAAAAUGCAGGCUGCAGAGGUUGAUCCUCAGCGUACAAAGAGCUAUGUGGAGGAAGCCUUUCGCCUAGUAUCAGAAAAACCUGGAGUAGAGGAAGUUUUGAUCAUGAAUCGCUCAGGAGUUCCGGUGAAAACCUCAAUGGAUCGUCAGGACAGCUUACAGUACGCCUGUCUCUAUGACAAUUUGCGGGAGAAGUGCCAGGCUUUCCUGACCAAAAUAGAGCCAGCUCAGACUUUGACCUUCUUGAGAGUUCGUACCAAGUACCAUGAGGUACUUAUCACGCCGGAUGCAAAGAUCACCGUUUUGGUGGUCCAGAAUGCCAAGGAUUCUUUUAUUAACAUAAAUACUUAGUUAGUUAAUAUGGCUUCUCUCCUAACACGUUAUUGGUGGUGGUCAAACAAUUGAAAAUAAAGUUUUAAGUGGGACUUUGGCAGAUUUCCAUCUACAAGCCCUUAAAGAGCAUUAAA